CUAGCAGCUUGUGGCCGCUGGAAAUUCAACAGUCCGUAGCAACCGGUGAUGUUUAUAGGAACAAGAUCGGGAAGAUGCUAGACUCAUCAUUGAGUAAUUCAAGAGUUCUAUUAGAAGUGUGCCAUCUUUAAUAAUGCAGACAUGUCUGUCUAAUAAUACUCCAUGCGUCACGAUUAAAAGCAAUUUAACUACUUGGAUCGUACCUCCCUGGAACACGGUUAUGGUUAUAGAUUGAAGUGUUAGGUUAUAAAGAACAUGGUAGCGCAAUGUAUUCCAAAGAUAACAGGCUGUUCUUUCGAAAUUAUCUGCCUUAAGCACCAAUGAUCAGAAAGACUAUUUUCGAACUAAGGCGUAGAGGCGGCUCUCGUUUUCGAUAACCUCGAGCUCAGCUGUUUUUCUAUUUUAGUAAAGACAUGUUUUGUCAUGGAAGACUGACAGUGAGUAAUCUAAGAACUGUCUACACAACACACUGGAAAUUCUGUCAUUUUCACACCAUUUCUGGCUCUUCUUGUGAUAUCUUACAACUUGGAAACUCCUCUAGUCUCAUUCAAAGGAUAUCCUCGAAACCUUAUAUAAAUAAGAAAAAUGUGUCAAGCUUUUUCACUCUACCUGGUGUUUCAAGCAAGAAGAAAGAAUACAGUGCUCGGAAAGUUGUUGGGUUCACUAUGGAGGAGAUCUAUUCAGUAGUUCAAGAUGUGGAAAAUUACAGGGAUUUCGUACCUUUCUGUACCAAGUCAGUCGUUCAUAUCCGCAAACCUGAACAACUCUCUGGAGAGCUGGAGAUUGGAUUCCCUCCUAUUUUGGAGAGCUAUACAUCGAGAGUGACUCUAGUGAGACCAAGACUAGUACAAGCUGUGUGCACGGACGGCCGCCUCUUUGACCACCUCGUCACAACUUGGAGGUUCAAUCCGGGAUUAAAGCAGGAGCCUAGAUCCUGUCUUAUAGACUUUUAUGUUUCGUUUGAAUUCAAAUCUCUGUUGCAUUCUCAGCUGGCUCAUAUGUUUUUCAACGAGCUUGUUCGCCAGAUGGAAAGUGCUUUCUUCAGAGAGGCUGAAAAAAGAUACGGACAACCUAGCAUAAAAGUUAUCAAAAUAAAACCUCCUUCGUAAUGUGUUACCGUAGUCAAUUUUACAAAUAUUUAUUACUGGUGUAAAUAAAAACUAUUUUUCUAAUUUAGUUUUUAUGCAUUAAGCCAAUUUCCUUUAUAUACUUGAUCACCGUUCUCUCUCUGUGAUAAAGUAUUUCUGCAGUGCGAGCUACAUCUUUUAUUGUUGUUUAGUUCUAUUUAUUUAUUUUUUAUGCUUGCUUUAAAAAGCUGUAUCGUUAAAUUAACGUUAUAAUUAUAGAAGACAUGUAUCAUAAAAAUUGUUAUGUGAAAUACAAAGUAUAUUUUUAUGUUGACUAAGUUGUGGUCUCUAUGGAAAAUAAUACUUCCUCUGAAAUCCUUCCAGUCAUAAUUUACUAAUUAUGUUCUUACUAAAAGGCUUUAAGAUUUGAUGUU